GUAUAAAUAAAAAUGGGUGAACCAAAGAAGCAGCAACCAGUUUUUACUAAGGUUGAUCAACUUAGACCAAUGGCUACAGGGCUAAAUCUUACUGUGAAGGUCGUUAAUACUAAAAUGGUAGUACCAAGGGGAAAUCAAGGCCGUCAGAUGCGAUUGGCUGAAUGUUUGGUUGGUGAUGAGACUGGGAUGAUCAUUUUCACUGCUAGAAAUGAUCAAGUCGACAUGAUGAAAGAAGGUGCUACUGUAAUUCUGCGCAAUGCGAAAAUUGAUAUGUUCAAGGGAUCAAUGAGGCUUGCAGUGGACAGGUGGGGACGUAUUGAAGUUACCGAACCUGCUAGUUUCUCUGUCAAGGAAGACAGUAAUCUGUCCCUUAUUGAGUUUGAACAAGUGACUGUUGUUGAGCAGUGAAUCGAGGCAUCACAUCCCGAUGGUAAUGUCCCGUUUGCAGAGAAUAUAACUAAGUUUCGUUCUUUAGAGAUAUGCUAAUGUGGCUUCAUCAGCUGAGGAAAACUGCUUGUUUUGUUUAAGUCGGAAAGUCUUUUUUGUAGUGGAAGGUGACUGGUCCAAUGUUUUUCUAGAUAGCAAGCAUGUAACUGCAAUAAACAGUAGUACAACUUGCUUGUUUAUUUAUUUGGAGGAUUGGUCAUUCACAAUAUUAUGCACUUUGUUUUGUUAUGUAGCCACCCUAGAACUUUCUUUAUGUAGUGCUUAUCAUAACUUCUUUCCCUUUUUAUUUUUUUAAAUAAUUGAGAAAUUUCUGAGGGCCAGCUA